AUGUCUGUGUUUGUGUGUUAUUUUUUUUCCAGCAAGAUGAAGGGGGUGAUGUCCUGCAGGACCUAGCACAACAUGUAAGGAAAAUCGUUGUGUACUAACCUGGGAUAUUUACGUUAAGGAUUAUGUUUACCAAUCGAUGACAGUAUUGACUCAAUACGGAGUUUGCUUUCGCUAUCCGUCACGGUUUACAUGUCUGACAUAUAACCGUGCUCGAGAAAACCACAGGUAGCAUAAUGUAUUUCAGCAGAUUUUAUGUGCUACUUAAUUCGUGCGAAAAGACACCAAUUUAACCAGUAGGCUACACACAACAACCAUAAACGGAUAGCCUAUUUUUCUUUAUUUUCUUUAUUAUGGCUAAUUAAACGUUUUGAAUAUACAGAAAUGUUGUCUUUAUUUAAUAAUGUUUCAAACACUGUAGUUGUAUGCCUAUGUACUGUUUGAGAUUUUCUGAACAUCAUUUGUGAGAAAAUACACACAUUUACGUACAACUUAAUUCGUGGGAAAAAUUGUUUUAUUAAUGCUAACGCUGUUUUCUAUGCUCGAUUUCGAUUAAUUCUUUGGGAUACUGGUGCACUUUUGGUCAGAAAGGCCCCUUUUCCGUGUAGGCAACAGUACACGAUUUUCUUCAUAAUGCAUUUCAUAUUUCGUAGAGUCUAAAUUACACCAUUUUCUUCAUUAUUCAUUUAAUACAUGUUAAAGAGGUUAAUGUAAAAAUAAUGAAAUAUGUCGGCUUUCACUUAUGGCACUUCCAAGGCCUUUCUAUUGUGGUUAUGUCAAUCAUAUUAUAUACUUAGGCUAUUGUAACGCGUUCAACCAGUUAGCAAGUCAGAAAUGUCCGUUUCCUAGUACCGACUAGCACUUGAAUGCUGUAUUAUGCCAACUUCACAUUCUCGUGGAAAAUGGGAAGUUGUAACUCCCACAUGAUUGUGUUCAAGUGGUUUUGAAGUCGGAACAAUUCUUAAACCAAUAAGAUUUGCAACAACAUUUUCACUAUUUCUCACUUGUAAUUCCUACUUGGAGGGUCAUUCAAGUGAAACUUCCCAGUCGGAACUAGGUAUUUCCGAUAACUCUGAUAGCACCCUGAACGCGACAUUAAUAUGUGUCAUCGACAACAGUAGAGUCUGGGUCCCGGCGUGUCCAGUCCCCAUACCCAUUCCAUAGGAGUGAGUGUCAGUAGUCUACUAUAUGUCCGUGCUAUGUGAAGUAAGUAUGGUGAUUAUUAUUAAGGUUCUGGUCGUCUGAGAUACCAACAAGUAAGGCUAUACAACAUACAAUAUCAAUAAAUAUAUAUUUUCUCCUAUUAGUGUAUUUGAGUUUGUUCUGUCGUUUCUGGAUGAUUUAAUUGAAAUUGCAACCAACUUUCUAUGGCUUGUUUUAGAUAUAGUGAUAUUUGAGAGAUUAUUUCAUUUCAAAUAACUGAAAGUGAGAGGUUGUAAUUUGAAUAAAGGGGGGAAAUGCCAUUAUUGAACAUGUGGUGAUUAGAACAAAAGAUUUCACUCUUGACUUUGGCGAAUAUUAUCGCGCGGCAGUGUCCUAAUGCCUGCGCGCAGUGGACUAUUGGCAUCGUUUGCCAUAGAUUAGAACAUAAGAUUUCACUCUUGACUUCAGCGACUAUUAUUGCGCAUAAAGGGCCGGCAGUGUACUGUUGCGCGCACAUUGUGCUUUUGCCUGCGCGCAGUGUGCAGUUGCAUCCGCGCUGUGUACUAUUGGCCUCGUUUGCCAUAGCAGGCUAGCAUUAAAUUAUAACACAAGAUUUCACUCUUGACUUUAUUAUUGCGUGUAAAGGCCGGCAGUGUUCUAUUGUUUUGGGCGCGCAGUGUAUUAUUGCGGGCGCACGCAAAGUGUAUUGUUUUUUGGCGUACAGUGUGUUUUUUGGGCGCGCAGUGUAUUGUUUUGGGCGCGCAGUGUACUGUUUUGGGUGCGCGGUCAAAAAAAAAAAGAAGCAAAGCAUCCCUUCCGAUAGCCAACAGAGGAGGCCUCCGCAACGGGCCAAUCGGGGUGGUGGGGAGAUGGUGUCCAAUCAGCAGAUGCCACUGCCGGCGUUAUACAUUUCACAUGGGCAUUUUGAGGCUAUAUUCCGACUGUCUAAGAAGGAAGCUAGCGCCAUGGCCAGAACCAAGCAAACCGCUCGCAAAUCCACCCGUGGCAAAGCCUACAGGAUGCAGCUCGCCACCAAGGCUGCGCAGGAGAGCCUCCCCGUUACAGGCCCGGCACCGUGUCUCAGAGAGAUCUGUCGUUACCAAAGCUCCACUGAGCUGCUCAUCCGCAAUGUGCCCUUCCAGCGCCUGGGGAGAAAAAUCGCCCUGUUCUUCAAGACCAACCUGCGCUUCCAGAGCUCCGCCGUGAUGGCCCUGCAGGAGGCCAGCGAGGCUUACCUGGUCGGUCUGUUCGAGGACACCAAACUGUGUGCCAUCCACGCAAAGAGGGUGCAUAUCGUGCCCUAG